CUAAAAUCGCAAUUUAAGUUUCAACUAUAGGAUUUUAAUUUCCAUUUCCACGUUCCACGCCCCUUGAGAGUCUAGAGUAUUCUCUCAUUUUCACAAAUAAAUUCGAUUUUUAUUAUCCUUUUCUUGGCCGCCAUAUAAAUUUUCAAUUCCUAGCUACACCCUUACCACAGGAUUUUCUAAUCAGUUUUCUUCAGAUCCUUCCCUGUUCCUCUGUAAGUUUCGCUUCUUUUUUUUUAUUUGUUAAGAUUCAUAUUAUCGAUCGAACUAACUCCAAUUUGAGGAAUAACGGGUAAUACUUACUAAGUUUCAGUUGUUGUAAAUAAAAUUGGAAAUGUCGGUUCUUCCGAAUAAUGAUUCAGUUCUUAUUAGGGAGGUUUGGAGUGAUAAUCUCGAAAAGGAAUUUUCAUUAAUCCGUGAUAUAGUGGAUAAUUACCCUUUUGUAGCUAUGGAUACUGAGUUUCCUGGGAUUGUUCUUCGUCCUGUUGGUAAUUUUAAGAAUAGUAGUGAUUUUCAUUACAGAACUCUUAAAGAGAAUGUCGAUAUGUUGAAAUUGAUUCAAAUUGGCCUUACGUUUUCUGAUGAACAUGGGAAUUUACCCACUUGUGGAACUGAUAAACUUUGUAUUUGGCAAUUCAAUUUCCGUGAAUUCAAUAUCAAUGAGGAUGUCUUUGCCAGUGAUUCUAUUGAGCUUCUGCGCCAGAGUGGGAUUAAUUUUAACAUGAAUGAUGAAAAGGGUAUUGAUGCCAAGAGAUUUGGGGAGCUUUUGAUGUCAUCUGGGGUUGUUUUGAAUGAUAAUGUUCAUUGGGUUACUUUCCAUAGUGGUUAUGAUUUUGGUUAUUUGCUUAAGCUCUUGACAUGUCGAGAACUUCCUGAGACACAACAGGAGUUCUUUGAUCUUAUCAAGACUUACUUUCCGACUGUUUAUGACAUCAAGCAUUUGAUGAAGUUCUGUAACAGCUUACAUGGUGGGUUGAACAAGCUAGCCGAGUUGUUGGAAGUUGAGAGGAUUGGUGUGUGUCAUCAGGCUGGUUCAGAUAGUUUGCUUACUUCCUGUACAUUCAUGAAAUUGAAGGAGAGUUUCUUUAGUGGAUCAUUGGAGAGAUAUGCUGGUGUUUUGUAUGGAUUAGGUUUUGAUAAUAGCUAAAGGGCUAGAUACAAAAGAAAGUAUGAAUGAAAUCAAGAGUCAGAAACAUGAAUGAAGAGUGCUGUAAAAUUGUAUAUUGUGCAGCUUUGUCUCAAACUUGUUUUAUAAUGAAAUGGAUUGAAAUAUGUCAUGUUAGGGCUUUA